CUAAAUGGACUCUUCUAGAAGUAUGUGUAAUCUGUGAAUAUAAACACUAACACGCUUGAAACCAUUGUUAAGACUAAAACAGUAAAACGAAUAGGUAUUUAAUUAUGAGAGAUUUAGACUAAAGAUUUUAGGAAUUUAAAAAAUAGAUGAAUGGUUAGAUAGGAAAGUUUAGGAGAGAAACGCUUGCAAGGUCAGACUACUGAAGUGGUAAGGAGCAUGACUUAUUUGCAGGGAAGUGAACUUGAUCCUACUAGAGCAGGGGAGUAUUGGCUAGGUAAAGUGGGUUCAGGCUAUGGAAAACCUAGAAAAUCAAGCAGAAGAAUUUGAAGUCACUGUGAUUGGACAUCUUUUCCAUCCCCACCCCCUAACAGACCUGAGGAAUUAGAAGAAUAUGGACCAGAGUAAUGAUCUAAGGGAUGGAAAGAAAGCAUGGGUUAUGAAGAUCAUUUUUAGAGGAUAAAUGGACAGGACUUGGACAGUGAGGUAGAAGGAUGCCAAGUUUUCAAACCCCAAGUGCCUGAGGGAACAUUGAUUUACAAUGUUGGAUUUGACGAUAAAGAAAUAUUCAAAUAGCAAUUAUUAAAUAGAAAUGCAGUCAGUGUUUGGUGGAACCUAAUAGGUCUCUGAUAAUAUUUUCUGAAUAUCUUUUUAUUAAAUAACUUAGAGAUCCCUUCACCUUCUGGGUCGCAAGUCUUUUUAGUAAUUUUAUUUUGUCCAAAUUAUUUACUACCAUACAAAGUUACCAUGGUAUGGUAUACUCGCACUAAAAUUCUUUAUUUUUUCAAUAACUUGGCAAAUGACAUUUUAAAAUUUCGGGCAGUGAACUUUAUUGCUUUCUUACUGUGCAAAGGGAGGGGGGAAGUUUUUUGUUUGCAUAUGCUAAAAGACCUUAAAAUUAUGUGUUUUUUUAAAGAAGCCUUCCAUCAUUCAACAGUUAGGAACAAGAAAUAUCAAAAAAUUUGGUGAUCACCUUCAGAUCCUGUAUAUUUUGACAUGGAUGUUUCUCAUGAAAAAUUAGAAAGCAUGUCAGAAGUGGAUGCCAUGAAUUUCACCAGUCUUUCUCAAGAUUUAACUCACUCAAAUUCUCCCUCCUGUAUGGAAACCAGCAAUACGACUUCAGACUUGUCUCAGAAUGAAGUAAAGAAUGUAAAAAAGGAAAAUGAGUCUAAAAUCACACUUUCUGAAGAAAUUUAUAGCACACUAGAUGAUGUGUUAGGUGAUGUCAACAGUGGAAAUUAUUCACAGGAUAUGCUAACUCGGCCAAUUGACACCAGCAUUUCUUCCUUCAGACAAUGUGAACCCAUUUUCAAUUAUCAUCAGACGAAGGCAUUUAAUGAUAAAAUGCUAACAUUUCAAAAUCUGAUAGGCAACUUACCUUACACAGAGAAGCCAGAAUUGCAAAGUCAUGUAUAUAAUUAUGCAAAAGACAACAAUAUUAAGGAAGAUUCAUUUAAAGAAGAAAAUCCAGUGGGAACUAGUACUUCCACAAAUGAAGACCAACUUUCUCAUGAAUGUGAGUGGCAACCUCCUAGAAGCCCAUCUGAAAUCCCCUGCAGUAGGGACACCCUGAAAUUCAUGGAAAUGCCACUAGCUGAAAAUACUGCCAAAGAAUCUACCCUCAACUCUGGUCAACCUGAAAACUUCUUGUGUAAGGAAUAUUUAUACAACAAUGUUGAAAAACCAUUUUAUCAAGAGAAUAGCUUUAACCUGUAUGAUCUGAGAGCUGAUUAUGAAACAAAGGAGGUUGCAGUUUCUUCAAAGGGGAGACAGAAUUCUGAGGACACUCCUGAGAUGUCAGUCAGUCACCAAAAGGAAGUCACAGUGGAGAACAUGGAAAGUCCAGGGAUUAUGUCAACUCGUUCUCCUGCUGGCAUUUCUUGGAGUUGUGGAGCAUCUUGGGAGGACUGCAAAACACAUGACACAGAGCAAGACUUGGAGUGCUUACAACCUCUGGAAGAGGAUAUGGCUUUAAAUGAAGUUUUACAGAAAUUAAAACAUACUAACAAAAAGCAGCAAACUCUGAUCCAAAAUUUGCAGUGUACUAACAUGUAUUUAGAGAAGAAGGUUGAAGAACUACAGGUGAAGACUAACAAGCAGCAAGUGUGCGUUGGCAUCAUAAAUACGCUAAAGGAGAAUAUCGAAGCAUUAAUUGAAGACAAAUACAGAGUAAUGCUAGAGAAGAAUGAAACAGACAAGACUUUGCAGAAUUUGCAUGACAUUUUAACUAACACCCAGAGACAUCUUCAGGAAUCUAGGAAAGAAAAGGAAACCUUACAAGUAGAGCUUAAGAGGACCAAGGAAAAUUACGUUUGUCUAAAGGAAAGGUAUAUAACUGAAAUGCAAGAAAAAAACAAAAUUGUUAGUCAGUACACAGAGGUGAACAAAGCCUUAAGCAAGAAAGAAGAAGAGGUGGAGAGGCUGCAACACCUCAGAGGAGAAUUGGAAAACGCCACCACUUCUGCUUUGGACUUAUUGAAAAGGGAAAAAGAGACCCAAGAACAAGAGUUCCUGUCUUUACAGGAAGAAUUUCAGAAACGUGAAAAGGAAAACUUGGAAGAAAGACAGACACUGAAAUGUAGACUUGAGAAACUGGUAGCUCAACUUAAAAAUGUGCAAUUCAUAUCUGAAAGUGAAAGGGCUAAGAAUACAAAACUUCAGCAGCAAAUCAACGAAGUAAAAAAUGAAAAUGCAAAACUUCAGCAGCAGGUUGCCAGGAGUGAGGAACAAAAUUGUUUCCCUAAAUUUGAGAUAGCUCAGUUAAAGGAGCACUUGGAGGCAGUAAUGAAGUCAGAUAUCACAAAGGAUGCAAAGAUAAUGCAGUCUAAUUGCUCAUCUUAUAAAGAAGAGAGCCCAAAUCCCCCAGAUGUGAAAACGACUUCUCAGCCACCUUUCAAAAUUCACUAUUUUCUGGCUCUGAUGGCAAGCCUUCUCACAAGCCAGGAUAUCAGCAAUCCUGAUGCUGAACAUUUCAAAGAGAAUGAGAAAGUUAGUGAUACAAUGCUGCAAAAAUUGAAGAACUUUCAUCUUAAAAAGAAAAAUUUAGAUGAAGAGGUUACAGACUUUGAUUCAAAUGAAACCAAGAAUGUCAGAGAUCCUACCUUAUUGGGAGCCAAACUGGAUAAGUACCACAGUCUAAAUGAAGAGCUUAAUAUCUUGGUAAGAAAAACUUUUUGUUGCUUUGCUGUCAUUCUUAUACAUAAUACCAUUUUAUUAACAAGUUUAAGAAAUUGUCAGCCUACAAAAAAUUUGCUUAUUAAAAUGGUCACACACUGGCAUUGUGGCAGUAUUAUUUACCCACAAAGUAUAGAAUUGAAUUUUGCAUUUUCAGGUUUUGAAAUUUUACAUAAUGUCCCAUCUGAUUUCUGUUAAGACUAAUCAG